UUUCCCGGUCCCCCAACAUUUAAAGUUUCGUCAGGCUAGGCCGAUACAGAAUGUCUUUUCAGAAAUCUUGGCGACUGCCACGUUCGAUCAAAUAUUUCCGCUCUCCGUUAGCUGUCGACGAUAGCAGAGUUUCUAAAACCAUUCUCAAACAGUUAAAUUUUAAACCAGUUAUUAAAAUAUCAUUUCGUUUUAAUCCAUUACUACAGAAAACUGAGUCUAUUAGACACCUUUGUAGCAUACUCAGUGAACCGAGGUGGCGAGCAUCCAAUACUAAUAUGCUAGUAAAGAUCAAUGUACUCUCAGACAGUAACCCUCCUGAAGUUGAAAUUUCAUAUGAUAAUGGCCAUAUCCUUAUCCUGAAGACAGAAAAUUUAAGCCUUCGAGAGACAGUAGAAAUCAUUAUUGCACAUACGGGGAUCAUUAUGGCAGAAUAGUUAACCGUUAACAUGUAGUAAUAUAUACUUAUUCAUUUAACAUACAGUCUUUCUAGUUUCAUACUUUUUCACUCCACA